AUGUCUUCACCAACACCGAGAGCCGCGCCGGCUCCUACUUCACCACCAGCACCACCAACUAAUGCUACGUCGCCGCCACCUGCUCCAGUCGCAUCACCGCCGCCUCCUACACCAACAACUUCUCCACCACCUGCAAGCCCAGCUCCUCCAACCACCUCUCCGCCACCAACUUCCUCAGCACCACCACCGCCUUCCAAUACACCUGCUCCAGUUUCUCCACCUGCUCCUCCCACUUUAACCCCACCUCCAACUACCUCCCCCACCGUACCAACACCAUCUCCUCCAUCUGGUUCCCCACCCACCCCUCCGUCGCCACCCACUGGAGGGAAUUCUCCGCCGGCUCCAUCCACUGGGAAUUCCCCUCCUGCACCGAGCAGGAAUACUCCGUCUCCGCCUUGGAAUGCAAGAUCUCCGCCUUCGCCUCCAUCACCGUCGUCGGAUGGUGGAGGGAUAUCAAUGGUGAUGGUGAUUGGGAUAGCCGUAGGGGGUGUUGUAAUACUUGCAAUUCUGAGUCUGCUGUUUAUAUGUUGCAAGAAGAAGAAAAGAAGAUCCAAUGGCUCGCCGGAUUACUAUGUUCCGCCACCACCAACUGGACAUAAAGUCGACCCCUAUGGUAGACAAGAUCAGAAUUGGCAGCAUAAUGCACCACCAUCUGGUGAUCAUGUUGUGACAAUACCAACUAAACCUGCACCACCACCUGCCGGUUUGGCAAGACCACCGCACUCGCCCAUACAAGCUCCUUCACCUCCACCACCUCCACCUCCGGCUCCUUACAUGAGCAGCAGUGGAGGUUCUGGUUCGAACUAUUCUGGUCUGGAAGCUCCACUUCCACCGCCUUCUCCCAGCAUGGCUUUAGGGUUUUCUAAGAGCACAUUUUCGUAUGAAGAAUUAGCUAUGGCAACAGAUGGCUUCUCUAAUGCCAACCUUCUUGGGCAAGGUGGUUUUGGUUAUGUUCACCGCGGAGUUCUUCCGAAUGGUAAAGAGGUUGCAGUUAAGCAGCUUAAAUCUGGGAGUGGACAGGGGGAGCGUGAAUUUCAGGCUGAGGUCGAGAUCAUCAGUCGAGUGCAUCACAAACAUCUUGUUUCUUUGGUUGGAUACUGCAUCACUGGGACCCAAAGAUUGCUCGUAUAUGAGUUUGUUCCGAAUAAUACCUUGGAAUUCCACUUGCACGGAAAGGGGAGACCUACAAUGGAUUGGCCCGCACGGUUAAAGAUUGCUCUCGGGGCUGCGAAGGGUCUGGCAUACCUUCAUGAAGAUUGUCAUCCAAAAAUUAUUCAUCGGGAUAUCAAAGCGUCUAAUAUUCUUAUGGAUUUUAACUUUGAAGCGAAGGUCGCAGAUUUUGGUCUCGCAAAGUUUUCUUCAGACACAAAUACUCAUGUCUCCACAAGAGUGAUGGGAACAUUCGGGUAUUUGGCUCCGGAAUAUGCAUCCUCUGGAAAACUUACCGAGAAGUCCGAUGUAUUCUCCUUUGGAGUCAUGCUUCUCGAGUUGAUUACUGGACGCCGACCUGUUGAUUCAAAUCAAUCUUUCAUGGACGAUAGUUUGGUAGAUUGGGCUCGGCCCUUGCUAACUCGAGCUUUGGAAGAUGGAAACUUCGAUACCCUUGUUGAUUCACGACUGCAAAAUGACUACAAUCAUAAUGAACUUGCUAGCAUGGUGGCAUGUACGGCUGCCUGCGUUCGUCAUUCUGCAAAGCGUAGGCCAAGAAUGAGCCAGGUGGUGAGAGCUUUAGAAGGUGAUGUAUCCCUGUCUGAUCUAAACGAAGGAAUUAGACCCGGACAUAGCACUGUGUAUAGUUCUUAUGGAAGUUCCGACUAUGACACUGCGCAAUACAAUGAUGACAUGAAAAAGUUCCGGAAAAUGGCAUUGGCCAGCAAGGAUUACGUCAGCAGUGAUCAAUACAGUAAUCCAACCAGUGAAUACGGGUUAUAUCCGUCAGGCUCGAGUAGUGAAGGUCAACGUACUAGAGAAAUGGAGAUUGGACGGACGAAAAAGGACAGCCGAGGUUUCAGUGGCGGCUCUUGA